AUGAAGUCUCAAUUAAGAUUUGCGUUUUUCAUCAUUAUUUUGUUUUUCUUCAAUUUUGUUUUUGGGUUGUGCCCCUAUCGGUGCCAGUGUAACGAGGAGAGCUUAGUGGCUGUUUGCAAUGAGGCAAAACUGGACGUUGUGCCCAUCACUCUGAACCCUGAUCUACGGGAACUACAUUUGGGAAAGAAUAAUAUCAAAAGUAUCAUGUCAGCUUUUAGUGUUUACCAUAACCUUCAAUAUUUAGAUAUGACCGGAAAUAAUUUGGUAACUUUGGGAAAAAGCAACUUUGAGCGUCAGCACAGACUUCAAAUCCUACUUCUCGGAGACAAUACGAUUUCAUCUUUAAAACAUAUGACAUUCUUCGGUCUUUAUUCCCUGCAGAUUUUAAAAUUACCAGGGAAUUUAAUCCAUGAACUUCCUGAUGGUCUCUUCAAAGAUUUACCGAACCUUGAAGUUUUAGAUUUAUCUAAAAAUGAUAUUGUUACCAUAUCAAGAGAUGCCUUUGUCGGAUUAGAAAGAAUAAAAAUAUUGUUACUUCGAGAUAACAAGCUAGUGCAAAUCCCCAAGGCAACAUUCAAGCCUAUUCCUCAUCUAAUAAGCUUGGAUUUAGGUCUCAACACUUUUGUUUCGGUUAAAGAUUACGAAUUUUCCGAUCUUAUACGAUUACAAACGCUGAAAUUGGACAGUUGCAAAAUUCGUGAGGUCUAUAAAUAUACAUUCAAUGGACUUAAGCAUCUUUCUAAUAUUUUGCUUCAAGACAACAUGUUGAAUUCCAUCCCCACUGAAGCUUUGAGCAACUUAAAAGCUCUACGAGAACUCCAGAUUGGCCAGAACAACUUCAGCAAAAUCCAACCAAAUGCAUUUUAUGGUUUGAAAAAUCUUCGUUCAGUCAUCAUCAAUAGUGCGCCCCUGUUGGAGAGAAUAGAAAACUAUGCUUUUUUACACAACACGCAGUUACAAAAUUUAGUUAUAAAUUAUAACAAACAACUCCGCUAUGUGGGAGGAAAUACAUUUUCUUCUCUCACUUCCCUUCGUUCCAUUAGCCUUCGAGGCAAUGCCUUCUACACUCUUCCUGCCGAUUUACUCCCUUGGCAAAACUUAGAAAGUUUUAAUCUACUAGAUAAUCCAUUUGUGUGCAAUUGUAGUCUUUUGUGGUUAUUACGUUUACUGCAAAACUUCAAUUACUCCACUCACGUUGAUUCUGAAGUCACACACAUUACUUGUGAUACUCCUACUUUUUUACGUGAACUAUUACUGAAAGAUUUAACCCCAGAGGAAUUAGGAUGUUAUACAUCAGAAACACAGAAAAUUUUGACAUGUACGUUUGUUGUUGUUGGACUGGCAGUUAUCGUAAUCAUUGUGAUAAUUCUAUGGUACCGCCAGAAGGUGGUCAACGAUCUCAAGAUUAAGUGUAGCACCAGCUUAUCCGACUCACAAUUUGAUGCCAGAUAUGGCCAGGAUAAUUUGAGGUGUGGACGAACCCCUGAAAGGGAAUGGAUGGUAAAGAUAGGGAGGGAUUCACAUCUAGGAAGACUUGUUUAACAUUCCUCUGAAAUUUAAAGUCGUAUAGUGCUGUAUAACGCUUUAGCUAAAUUAAAAUCAAGCAGAAUAAUCCAAUAUUAACUUUCGAAACCAAGAAUAUAUUUGUUUUUACUAUGUUGCUCGUCCACAAAAACUGAUAGCAGUUUGACUAACUUGAUCCAUGGUAUCUCGAAGGAAUGGAUUUGGUUAAGAUUUAAAUGAAAAAACGAUAAAAGGUUUGACUCGUCAUGAAUUUUGCAUAGAAUACGGACACUUUUAUGUUUCUAUACAAAAAGUAAACUCUAUAAUAUAGGGUAAUUAUUGCCAAAUGUUUGUUUUCAAGUAUUUUGAAUCUUGUCGGUGAUUCUAUAUCGAACAAGAAGAACUUGAUGUUCAACAUUUUAAAUUAUUGACUUGUAUAUUGUUAUUUAUGUGUAAGCUCAGAUAUAUGUGAAUAGCUGUCUUCAAAAGCUGAAAAUUAUUGAUGUACCUCUGUGCACCAGGAGAAGAUGAUGUCAAGGAGCAAAAUAUGCGUGUUUUCUCUUUCACUUUAAACUAUUUCUUUACAAUUUAACAUAGUAUAGAUUUGUCAAACAAUGAAUAAUUAUUUGAAGCCUUUUUACAACGAUACAAUCUAUAAAACUAAUUCAUACGUCUUCUCUAAAGAUAUGCUUGUAUAGAGCUUGUUUUUUACAGGAAUGUCAACAGGCAUAACUUUGAUCACUUAUGAAUUACAUCACAACUAAUCUGAAUGAACAUUUUCAACGCCUGAUAAAAGUGAUUUGUAUAUUCCUUGUCAACACUAUUGUACAGCAUUAUUGUAAAAUGUAGCAUACAUAGGCGAUUCUACUGUUGUUAGUUAAGAUUUUGUACAUGAGAUAAUGACUAACCACAAUUAUCUGGCUUCUAUCCCGUAAAUAAACUAACUCUGAUGUCGACAACUUGUUUUAGUAAUUACAGAAAUACACAUGAGUUGGUGGAUUUUACCCACUUCUCUACACUCUUAGACUAUGUAACUCUGAGACUACAUAGCGUUAUUUGUUAUCGUUAAAUGUAGUUUCUGUCU